ACAACAGUAGGAAUUUAUCGAGUGUGUGGUGGGUUAUUGGUUAUGGUUUAAAAACUGUUGACGAGGCCAAAAAGUCUUCUCGGCGCUUUUUUAAACCAAAGGCUCUACUGAAAAUGACCUUUGGUUUAGAAAAACUUCGUCGUGAGCAUAAAGUGAGCGGAAUCGAAGUUUCUGCUAAUGGCAAUGUGGAUAUGCAGUGA